UCUGUGGUCUUCAUUUGACGUUUGUUUUGUGUUAUUUGUCGAUUGAUAAAAAUUUCUCCUGGUGGAUUUGUUUAAUUUUAAUAAUUAAUUAUAAAUGUAUUUCUUUAGAUUAACAAUGAUAAAAUAUCUCAUCCCGCGUCGUUAACAUUAUAUAUAAUAAAUGUUAAUAAAUAAAAUUUGAAUGUACACAAUAUGCGAUUGAAAAUCAAAGUCAAAUAGUUCAAGAAACAUUGGAAAAUGGGAAGAAACAAAAUGAUAGCUAAAAGCUGCCCAAAAUGUGAGAUGCAGGUGGCAGUGGCAUCGAAGUCAUGUAAAUGCGGUCACACAUUCUUCGCCUCCCGCCGCGGGGCUGACGUGCUGCCUGCUGUGGAGGACAUCAAGAGGAGGACCGGCCGAGUGAGACGCUCUCAGCCUCAGUUCUACGACGCACAACACUAUCAGAAGCAAAAGAGAAAGUCACCAAAGAAGAGGUCAUUGUCGAAGAACUACGGUGAUGAAGAUUACAAAAUCAAAGGAAAAAUUGAAAGCAGCACGACGCGCGCGCGUCGCCGGCGGGCGCUCCGCCGGGCGAAGCGCUCGCCCCCGCAGUCGGACCGCACGAGGGACCCCACGCCGCAGCUUCGCCCCUCGCAGCUGGCGCGCUGCCAGCUCAUCCUGCUGGAGAUCAACAGGAAGAUAGGCGCCGUGCAGUGGCGUCCGCCCGCCGACGCGUAGUCGCCUUAGACCAUUAAAAGAAAGGACCUGCCUCGUAAACCGUUACCCCUCUGUCAAAGAUCAAUGAUCUAACGCGUUUGCAAAAACUGUUGCUAUUGAAUCUUAGACCAUUAAUAACUGGACGUGGUUCGCUAACCGUUACCCCUCUGUCAAAGAUCAAGAAUCAAUGAUCUAACGCGUUUAUAAAAACUGUUGCUAUAGAAUCGAUGUUUCAUUGUUGUAAUCGUUUUCGUCGUGUAAAGAGCCCCCUAAAAAUGCCGGUUUGUGUAGUUGAAUGGCAUAAAAAACUGCCAAAAACUUGUAGUUUAGUAAAAGAUGGAGUAAUAUUUCAUUUGUAAGUGUUUCUACCAUAAUUUUAUUAAAUUUGUAAUAAAAACGAUUUCUAAAAAGAA